CAUCAUAGCGCCAAGAUGGCCCGUCCAGGAUGGCAAUAAUAGGAAGGGGCAUCGAGUUCAGUUCAGUUCUCUUCUCUUCUUGCGUUGCGACACCCGGGUCGCCGAAGGAAUGACCAAAGCUGCGUAACCCAAGCGGAAGGGAGCGCAGACAAGGCUGCAAUCAUCGAGCGUACUUAAGUACUGCAGCACCCGAGGCGGCUGCGAGUAGGCAUAGCAUGGGCUUGAGGUAGUGCAUAUUUUGUACAGACGUCGUUCGACCAUUGGCAUGCGCAAGCGACCAUCGUACGCGCGAGCGAGGUGCGCCGAUACGAUCUCUGCCUUUUCGCGUUACGGGACACCACCCGUCACGUCGCUUUCACCCUCCACGUCCUCCGUUUGUCCUCCGCGAGCCGAGUCCUGCCUUGUGCCCAUAAAAUUCCCGAUCAGAAUCUUCAGAACUUUUGCAGAUUCGUCUGACAGCCGCAACACCGAGCAAGCACUUUCCAGGAAACUCGGAACACGGUCAAUGACAUCGGAACACUGGAGUCUGUUUGCCGGCAAGCCCCCGAUGCCUGUCAAACCGGCGCGAGGUUCUCGACGAGUCGACAUUGAGUUGAUUGUGGACAGCGCCGAGCGGGCUGCGGACAGGGCGUCUGGGAUAGCGGACAAGGACGACGGGCGCCGGGAUGGCAUACAGGAGUUGAAAGAGGGGGCUGGGCUACUUGGCGAAAACGGCCGCUGGCGGGGGAAUAGCGGACUCCUCGCGGCUCGCGGAUUCGACGAAACACAUGGCGCGGCGUCAGAUUGAGAAGAUAGGCAGAACAUGUCGGACGGCGGCAGAUUGGGGGACACGUUGCGCGGCGGUGGCAGAUCGAACGUCCACGUUGCACGAUGCGGGGCGCG